CCAUAAAUCUCCAUCACUGUUCUCCAACCAAACCGAGAGGUCCAAAACUGCUUAUCAAAAAGAUGGGAUUUCUCAAUCAACAGAACCAGAUUUGUUCCAAAAUCACUUUCUACAUUUCCUUCUAUCUAAGUAGGUAAGCUAGUGAUUGAACCCAGAAACUGAGGCAGGCAAGCUUUAGAUACAGAAAGCCUUUCCAAGUGAAUGAGCUCAGAACAAAACUAUGUCAUUCCUUGGUUGGGCUAAGAAGGAGCUUACAAAACUUGGAAUUUACAAGUCGAAGAAGCUCCUGCUUUCUCGAAGUAGCUUAGCAUCCAUUGAAUCCUUAAGCGUUCCUCUUCAGAUACAAGAAGUUGUUCUCUCAGCAGAUUUAGGAUGUAAAAAUUGCCAAAAGAGGGUAGCUCAUGCGAUCUCCUUGAUGGACUUGACCACUGACUCCAUGGUGGUGGAUAUAUUAGAAAAGAAGGUGACACUCACUUGUAUAUCUUCUAUUAAAGGAUCCAAAAAAGCAAGUUGCAAAUAUCUACAAGAAUCCAAACCACAAGAUUGUCCAAGAUACAUGUACUAAUACUUCUUUCUGUUAUUGAUUAUAAGAUGGAGUACACCUACUGUCCAAUGUGUACAUUUGUUUCUUUGUAGAAAAAUUAUCCUUG